AUGGCGAGGAGGAGGCCGCUGCUCUUGGUCGCCGCCGUCGUGCUCCUGUGCGCCGCCGAGUGGCAUGUCGUGCAAGCAUACAAGAAGUCCUACAUCGUGUAUCUUGGAGCACAUGCCUAUGGUCGUGAUGCGUCACCGAAGGAGCAUGCCCGCGCAACCGAGUCUCACCAUGAGCUCCUGGGAUCAGUUCUUGACAGCAAGGAGAUGGCGCAAGACUCGAUCUUCUACUCCUACACGAAGAACAUCAAUGGCUUCGCGGCGCACGUCGAGGAGGACGUUGCAAACCAAAUUGCAGAGCACCCUGACGUGGUGACGGUGAUGGAGAGCAAGAUGCUGAAGCUGCACACGACGCGGUCGUGGGACUUCAUGGACCUGGAGCGAGACGGCCAGAUCCUUCCCGAAUCCAUCUGGAAGCACGCCAAGUUCGGGCAGGACGUGAUCAUCGCCAACCUCGACAGCGGCGUGUGGCCAGAGUCCACCAGCUUCACCGACGACGACAUGGGCGAGGUGCCCCAGCGGUGGAAGGGCUCCUGCCUGGACACCGUCAAGUACGCCGUGCCCUGCAACAAGAAGCUGAUCGGCGCCAAGUACUUCAACAAGGACAUGCUACUCAGCAACCCGGCGGUGGUGGACGCCAACUGGACGCGCGACACCGAGGGCCACGGCACGCACACGCUCUCCACCGCCGGGGGCAGCUUCGUGCCGCGCGCCAGCCUCUUCGGCUACGCCAACGGCACCGCCAAGGGCGGCGCGCCGCGCGCCCGCGUCGCGGCGUACAAGGUCUGCUGGUCCGGCGAGUGCGCCACCGCCGACGUCCUCGCGGGCUUCGAGGCCGCCAUCCACGACGGCGCCGACGUCAUCUCCGUCUCCUUCGGCCAGGACGCGCCCCUCGCCGACGUGCAGUCCCUCUUCCACGAGGCCGUCACCCUCGGCUCCCUCCACGCCGCCACCCAGGGCAUCUCCGUCAUCUGCUCCGCCGGCAACUCGGGGCCCUACGACGACACCGUCGUCAACGCCGCGCCGUGGGUCAUCACCGUCGCCGCCAGCACCGUCGACAGGGACUUCCCCAACGUCCUCACCCUCGGCAACAGCGCGCACAUGAAGGGGAUGAGCUUGGAGUCCACCACGCUGCACUCCAGCACGCUCUACCCGAUGGUCGACGCCAGGCACGCCGGGCAAGCCAACACCAGCCCCUUCGCCGCCUCCGAGUGUGGAAUGGGCACGCUGGACCCCGCCAAGGUGAAGGGCAAGAUCGUCGUGUGCAUGCGCGGCGGCGACGUCCCGCGCGUCAACAAGGGCAUGGCCGUGCUCAACGCCGGCGGGGCCGGGAUGAUCCUUGCCAACGACAGGAUGGACGGCGACGACAUCGUCGCCGACCCGCACGUGCUCCCGGCCACCAUGAUCACCUACAGCGAGGCCGUCGCGCUGCACAACUACAUGACGUCGACAAACAACCCCGUGGCGAACAUCUCGCCGUCCAAGACGGAGGUCGGCGUGAAGAACUCGCCGUCCAUAGCUCGUUUCUCCUCCCGCGGGCCCAGCGGGAUGCUGCCGUCCGUAAUGAAGCCGGACAUCGCCGCGCCGGGGGUCGACAUCCUGGCCGCGUUCACCGAGUACGUCAGCCCGACGGAGCUCGCCUCCGACAAACGGCGGUCGGAGUACGCGAUCCUGUCCGGCACGUCCAUGUCGUGCCCGCACAUCUCCGGCGUCAUCGGCCUCCUCAAGGCGGCGCGCCCGGAGUGGAGCCCCGCCGCGAUGCGUUCCGCGAUCAUGACCACCGCGCGCACCCAGGACAACACCGGAGCGCCGAUGCGCGACCACGACGGCAAGGAGGCGAACGCGUUCGCCUACGGCGCCGGCAACGUGCACCCGAACCGCGCCGUCGACCCGGGCCUCGUGUACGACGCCGCGCCCGAAGACUACUUCACCUUCCUCUGCUCCAUGGGGUUCAGCACGGCGGACAUGAAGCGGCUGAGCGCCGGCAAGUUCGCCUGCCCGGCCAAGGCGCCGCCGAUGGAGGACCUCAACUACCCGUCCAUCGUGGUGCCGUCGCUGCGGGGCUCGCAGACGGUGGUGCGGCGGCUGAAGAACGUGGGCCGGCCGGCCAAGUACCUCGCGUCGUGGCGCGCACCGAUCGGGGUCGGCAUGGAGGUGAAGCCGACGGUGUUGGAGUUCAGCAAGAUCGGCGAGGAGAAGACGUUCAACGUGACGGUGAUGUCGCAGAAGGACAAGGUCGGGAUAGGCUACGUGUUCGGGAAGCUCGUCUGGACGGACGGGACCCACUAUGUCAGAAGUCCCGUCGCGGUCAACGCCUUGGCGUGA